GGUGUUGAACUACACUGUCGCGUCAACCUGGUGACGCUAGAUCGAAAGGUCUACGAACCAUGCAUCUCCGCUCGUUUUUCGCCGCGACGGCCCUCGCCCUCGUGUCCCUGGCGACAGGGCAUACUGAUUUCUCGACCGAGCAGUUCACCGGAACCCUGGACGGCGAGUCUGGUGUCUUACGGUCCCUGAAGCCGAAAUCGUCGGCUGAGGAAUUCGACUUCUCGCCGUCUGACGUCUUCGACAAGCGGAAUGGAAACGGGAACUACCACACGGGCGAUCUGACGCUGCGGUAUCGCGUCGGGGACUCGGGCGCUUGGACGGAUGUGAAUACGGCGACGGAUCGGGGCGUUUUGAAGCAGAGGUCGGGUUCGAAUUCAUCCUCCUCCUCGGUGAUCGCAUCGUCGAAUCUAGCCCCCACCCUGAAUGUGUCGUCGCUGGCGGAUGAUCUGGCGAUUACGCGCGCCUGGGUCGAGUACGAGGGCGAUCUGGCGUUGAAUUUCACCGUCACGAAUAAGAACUCCCAGCCCGUGGAGCUGGGGAGUCUGGGCUUCCCAAUCGAGUGGAAUACCAUCUUCUAUGAGCGGACGGCCAUCGAAACAAGACACACCUGCGUGCUGGUGGAUCCGUAUAUCGGGCUGGAUGCGGGAUACGUGCAGGUGACGCGACUGCUGGGGACGGGCCCGCAUCUGGUGAUCACGCCGCUGGGAGAGACCAAGUUCGAGGCGUGGCGGUUUCUGCCGGAGACCGGGGAGAGUCAGCUGGCGUAUCAGAGCCAGGUGUUUGAGGGGAACUACGAGUGGCAGGUUUAUACGAAGGCGUGGGCCGAGAAGGAGUGGGAGGGCGUCACGCCGUGGAAUAAGCCGACGUCGCGGACGCUGAAGGUGGGGGAGUCGGUGUCUUAUGGACUGCGGUUUAGUGUGGUGGAUUCGGUGCCGGAGAUCGAGGAGAAAGUCGCGUCGUUGGGGAUCCCCGUGGCGCAGGGGGUGCCGGGGUAUGUUCUGCCCAGGGACCUGGAUGGGAGGUUGUUUGUGCGCACGAACGAGAGCGUCGAGGGGGUGGAUGUGGUUCCGGGGGGAUUGACGGUGAAACAGCUGGAUGAGGUCGACAAGGAAUGGAAGGCUUUCAGUGUCGUUCCUGAGGAGGACGCCUUUGGUCGAGUUCGGGUUGAGCUGAAGUAUAGCAGUGGCCGCACCCACAGCUUGCACUACUAUGUCACCGACACCGGACCCAAGUCCUUGUCGAAGCUCGGAAACUUCCUGACUGAGACGCAAUGGUUCAAUGAGACUGACCCGUUCGGACGAUCCCCGUCGAUCAUCACCUACGACCAUUCGGCCGAUGCGCCAGUCACCCAGGAUAACCGCGUCUGGAUCGCCGGUCUCAGCGACGAAGGCGGCGCCGGCUCAUUUGUCACGGCAGCCAUGAAGCAGCUCGUGCAGCCGGUGGCCGAGGAGAUUGCGAAACUCGAGACCUUCGUGAAUGAAACCGUCUGGGCCCGACUACAGCUGACCAGCGGAGAGAACAAGUUCGGCGUGCGAAAGAGUCUGUUCUACUACGACAAAGAAGCGAUGCCGGAUUUCACCUACGACUCGGACAUUUACUGGCCAGGUGCCUGGGAUAAAGAAGGAUCAGACCUCCUGGACCGCGCGUAUAACUACGUGCACGUUUCUGCUCUCUACUGGGCGCUAUAUCGCGCCGGACGGUCGUCGAGUGUGCUGCAACGCCAGAGUCCGCAGUGGUAUCUGGAGCAGGCUUUUGAAACAAUCCGAUUCGUCUACGGCAAAGACUCCAACGGCAACCGGAAAACCUGGUACGGCGACCUCGGGCUAAUGGGCGAGACGGUCUGGAAGCUGGUUCUCGACGACCUCAAACUGGAGAACUACACCGCCGAAGUCGAGACCCUCGAAGGAAUCCUCAAGCCGCGUGCGCAGGAGUGGACAACGCAAGAGGACCCGUUCGGCAGCGAACAGGCCUGGGACUGCACCGGCCAGGAAGGCGUCUACCUGUGGACCAAAUACUUCGGCUUCACCGAAACCGCACAGAAGACCAUCGAGUCGAUCCACGGGUUCAUGCCCACCGUCGCGCACUGGGGAUGGAACGGCAACGCGCGCCGAUACUGGGACUUCACAACCGCCGGCAAACUCAGCCGCAUCGAGCGGCAAAUCCACCACUACGGAUCCAGCCUCAACGCGCUCCCCAUCCUCGACAACUACCAUUCCUCCAGCGACCCGACCUCCGCGCUGAGUCUCUACGACCUGCGCAUCGGCUACGGCGGUAACCAGGGCCCGCUGACGAACAUCGCGCAGGACGGCUUCGGGUCCAUGUCGUUCCACUCGUUCCCCGAGACGCUGGACUGGGACGCCUACUCGGGGGAUUACGGGUCUGGGUUCGUGGGGCAUGUGCUGGGCGCGGCGACGUAUGUGCUGAAGCAUCCGGUGUUUGGGUGGGUGAGUUAUGGGGGGAAUUUGGCGACGGAGGGUGGGAAGGUGGUUGUUGAACCGAGGGAUACCGUCAGACAGAGGGUUUAUGUGGUUGAUGCCGGACUCUGGGUUGCGAUUGACUCGGGGGUUAUUACGCGGAUAGAGGUGGAUUUGGAGGGGAAGUCGGUUGUGCUGGAUGUUGAGGAGAGUGUGCAGGGCGUUGAGACGGUGGAGAUUGAGAGGGCGUUAUUGGAGUAUCAGGUUACCAAGGGCAUUGUUGAUUCGGAGGUCAAGUUGACGAAGGGCGCGAAGGAUGGAAAGCAUGGCGAUGAGGUCGAUUUCGAGGAGGGUAAGGCGAGUCUUACCUUUUCGUGGUGAUCUGGUUUGAUUUAUCUGCGUUAAUGGCUGGUAUCUAUUAGUGUGUCUGUAUGAUCUGGGGCUCUAAUUCCUGUCAGUCUCCUCGGUUCAAGUAAUUCAGCAAUAAGGAGCAUAUCCAGAUCCGAAUGUGCAAACUUUGUCAAGAUGUUCGGAUAUCCCCCGGUGUGGCGAGUCCAGGAGUCGGCCAUUCUCCGCAUUCAAGUUCUCAGGAUAUGGAAAUUUCUGUAUGGUGUAAUUCGGAGAUAUAGACGAUCGCGGGGAAGUUGCCGAUAG